AUGCAGGGACUCGGGAAGACAGAGCGGGGGGAUCAGGGCCGAGACAUCGACCUGACAUCGCUGAGAUCCACCAUGCCAGCCAGCGGCCCUUUGCAGGGUGGUUCGCCCUCUAACCUGAACAUGAACCUGUAUGCCACCAAGAAGACAGCAGCUGAGGGCAUGUUGGACCUCGCUUUGUUCCUGGCAAACAUCACGCACAUGAAGACAGUCAUAGAACAGGGAGCUGGAUACAGGUACUACGCUGCUGUCCUGACACUCAUCUCCUUCUCUCUGGCUCUCCAGAUAGUAGCCGGAGUCCUGAUCAUCAUCAUUGCUCGUUGUGAGCUGACCCUUCUCCCGUCUUAUCAGCGCUUGUUGAACUUCCUGAACAAUCUGGUCACUGGCCUCUUCUUCCUCACCUUAAUCGUCAACAUCAUCAAAGCCGCCUUCGGCACACAACGCAGCUGCUUCCUACGCUGGCUGCUACAGAGAUUUAUUCUGUGA